AUGAAUUGGAGUAGAAAAUUAGUUAUUUCGUUUGCUCUCCUGUCACUGAGCGUGGUGUCGUUGAGUAGCGGCUACCGAAUAUUUGCCAUGAUUCCGUUCAAGGGCCGAAGCCACUUCAAAGUGCUGGAGCAGGUAGUCAUGGCGCUCACCGAAAAGGGCCACCAGGUGGACGUUAUCAGUGGCUAUCCACGUACAGAGCCCUUUCCGAAUUACACGGACGUCGUCAAGCUUCAAUCCACCCAAGUCAAGGUGUCCGUUGAUUACAGCGAGCUUCAUUCGCGCAAUGGAAUAAAAGAAGCCGUGCACAGCACUUGCUUGGAACUGUGUGACCUGUUGGGCCAUCCGGAAAUAGCGAGGAUUGUGAAAAAUCCGCCGAAAGAUCCGCCGUACGAUCUCGUUUUGACUCACUUCUUCGCCGGUUAUCAAUGUUACACAGGCGUAGCUCACUUAUGGAACGUCCCUUUGGUCGGAGUAGUGACAACCGCCAUGUAUCCCUACAACCACCGGAUGAUCGGUAGUCCCCUGAACUUGGCGAUCGCUUCGAAGAACCUCCGCAGCCACAACGACAAAAUGUCGUUCUGGGAAAGACUCUACAACGUCCUGAUGACCCACUGGGAGAUAUACACCUACGACAUGAGAGCCUACAAGCAGGACGCCCUGAUAAAGAAGUACCUCGGCCCUGACAUGCCAUCGUACACCGAGCUCGAGAAAAGCGUCUCCCUGAUGUUGACCAACUCGCACUUCAGUUUCCACGGAGUGCAGCCGAAUAAUCCGGCCCACAUCGAAAUCGCCGGGAUACACAUCCAGGACGACAACACGACCACAAUGUCCGAGGAUCUGAAGAAAAUAUUGGACGACAGCAAGGAUGGCUUCAUCUACUUCUCGUUCGGCUCGCUCAUGAGAUUGGAAUCUUUCCCCGAGGAAGUGUUUGGCAAAUUUUACAGCGUUUUUCGGAGACUGGCACCACUACGUGUCCUCGUGAAAUCGGUGGAUCCGAAGGCUCUGCCGAAAGGCAAGCCGAACAACGUGUUCACGUUUCCCUGGUUUCCACAGGAGGAAGUCCUGAAGCAUCCCAACAUCAGAGGCUUCAUCACUCACGGCGGAGGCCUGGGCACGCAAGAGACCGUCUAUUACGGCGUGCCCGUUAUCUGCGUGCCGCUGUUCGCUGAUCAGCAUAUUAAUUGCGACAUAGCGACGAAUAAAAAGUUUGGCAUCAAGUUGGACGUCGUGGCUGCACAGCAAGCCGAUUUCGAUCGCGCCUUCAACGAGAUACUGAACAAUCCGACGUAUCGGGAAUCAGCUACCAAAUUGUCGACCGUGUUCCGCGAUCGGCCCCUCAAGCCGAGAGACGAGGCGGUCUUCUGGAUCGAGUACGUGAUCCGGCACGGUAAGAACGUGCUCAGAUCGCGGGCCGUCGACCUGAAGUGGUGGCAGGCCGAGUUGCUCGACGUUUACGCCUUUAUUGCCGCCAGUGUCGCUGUCCUACUGGGUUGCUUGGUUUUCUUCGCCCAACUACUGAUCGGAUCGUUUAUUCGGAAAAUGAGAAAGUUCAGUUUGUCGGUGAACUCGCGCCGCAGCAAGAAGGUGCCUGCGAUGGUAGAUUUGAUUGACGAUAAUGCGACUUGCGCUUAUCGAGAUAUCCAAAAGAUAACAGAGGCAUCGGGUCAAUUGCACUGUGAAUCCAAGCGUCGGGAACCUGAAUACACAAGCCACACUAGGUGA